ACCAAAAGCUGUGAGGAUCUAUAUUUGAAGAAGAGAGCAAGGAUGCGCAGGUGGAUCUGUUGUGGGCGUAAAACAGGAGAUUCAGAUUUGUCAAAUGAUGAGGGACAUCUGAAAAACCAAUGGCAACAAACUGAUGCAAAUCAUAAGAUUCCAAAGCCACAAGCUGUUGCAAAACCUGAGGCGCAGAAGGAAGCUCUUCCCAUUGAAGUUCCUCCCUUGUCUGUGGAUGAGGUUAAAGAGAAGACUGACAAUUUCGGAUCAAAGUCACUGAUUGGUGAGGGAUCUUAUGGAAGGGUGUAUUAUGCAACUCUAAACGAUGGUAAAGCAGUCGCUUUGAAGAAACUCGAUGUUGCCCCUGAAGCUGAAACAAACGCCGAGUUCUUGAGUCAGGUUUCCAUGGUUUCAAGACUGAAGCAUGAUAAUCUCAUUCAACUGGUCGGCUAUUGUGUUGAUGAAAACCUCCGUGUUCUUGCUUAUGAGUUUGCAACGAUGGGAUCACUGCACGACGUUCUACAUGGUAGGAAGGGAGUUCAAGGAGCACAGCCAGGUCCAACACUUGACUGGAUAACGAGGGUGAAGAUAGCCGUUGAGGCAGCUAGGGGUUUAGAAUACCUCCAUGAGAAGGUUCAGCCUCCUGUAAUACACAGAGACAUAAGAUCCAGCAAUGUGCUUAUUUUUGAAGACUACCAAGCAAAAGUUGCUGAUUUCAAUCUCUCAAAUCAAGCUCCUGAUAAUGCUGCUCGUCUUCACUCCACAAGAGUCUUGGGCACCUUCGGCUAUCAUGCUCCAGAAUAUGCUAUGACUGGACAAUUGACGCAGAAGAGUGACGUGUAUAGCUUUGGGGUUGUACUUCUGGAGCUUUUGACUGGGAGGAAACCUGUGGAUCACACAAUGCCACGUGGCCAACAAAGUCUUGUAACCUGGGCUACACCAAGACUCAGUGAAGAUAAAGUGAAGCAAUGUGUUGAUCCGAAGCUAAAAGGAGAAUACCCUCCUAAAUCAGUAGCUAAGCUAGCAGCGGUUGCAGCAUUGUGUGUGCAAUACGAAUCCGAGUUUAGACCGAAUAUGAGUAUAGUUGUGAAAGCUUUGCAGCCACUUCUCAAACCUCCAGCGCCAGUCCCAGUACCGGAAUCCUGA